GCAUUAAUUUGUGCGGGCUCGGGCUCUUGCGGCCAAGCGCCAUCCCCGCUCCUUCAACCCCUAAAUUUUAACCCCACUUUCUCUGACCUGUUCACCACCCCAACCAAAACCACCUCCAAAAACCCCACAAAAAAAAAAAAACAAACAGUCUUCAAUCCAGAAAAUCCCAAGAAACUCAAACCAGAGAGAGAAGAAGCAGAGCAUUUCUCCGCCUCCCCCAUCAAAUGGCUCUGCUUCUCCACGCAUCGCUGCGGCGCCUAGUACUUGUGGCGUCAUUGCUUGCGGCCGUGGUGGCGUUCGCCGAUGCUCGCCUCAAUGCCAAUUACUACGCGAAGAGCUGCCCGCAGGUGGAGAAGAUCGUCCAAGAUGUCGUGGUGCAGAAGCAGAUCAAUAGCCCCUCGACGGCCGCUGGAAUGGUGAGGCUGUUUUUUCACGACUGCUUUGUGGAGGGGUGUGAUGCGUCGGUGCUGGUGAGGUCGACACCUUUCAAUAAGGCGGAGAAUGACGCCGACAUUAAUCUGUCGCUGCCCGGGGAUGGGUUUGAUGUGAUUGUGAGGGCGAAGUCGGCGCUGGAGCUGUCGUGCCCGGGGGUUGUAUCGUGCUCUGAUAUCAUGUCCCUUGCCACCAGGAACCUCAUCACCAUGGUGGGAGGCCCCUUCUAUAAGGUGCGUCUGGGCCGCAAGGAUGGCAAAGUCUCCAUGGCAUCCCAUGUCGCUGGCAACCUUCCUCUUCCCUCCAUGUCUAUCUCCCAGAUGGCCAACAUCUUUGAGUCCAAGGGCUUCUCCAUUGCCGAGAUGGUCGCCCUCUCUGGCGCCCACACAAUCGGCUUCUCUCAUUGCAAGGAAUUCUCUUCCCGUAUUUACAACUUCUCCCGCACCUCCACUGUGGAUCCCGCCCUCAAUCCCCGCUACGCACAAGGCCUCCAAGAAGCCUGCAAAUCCUUAAAUUCCAACCCUGCGCUCUCGGUUUUCAAUGAUAUAAUGACCCCAAAUAAGUUUGAUAAUAUGUAUUUUCAGAAUUUGAAGAGAGGCCUCGGGUUGCUUGCUUCUGAUCAGGGCUUGUAUGCCGAUCCCACCACCAAGGAAUAUGUCGAUCUUUUUGCAGCGAAUCAGACAGAAUUUUUUAAUGCAUUUGCACAUGCCAUGGAGAAGCUCAGCGUGCUUGGCGUCAAGACUGGGCGUAACGGCGAGGUGCGCCGCCGCUGUGACGAGGUCAACUGAUAUAUUAAAUAAUUACAACCACCACCAUCACAGGGGAGGAAAUUCCAGAGAGAGAGACAACUCAAGAAGAUUAAUGAGCAAGAGAAUAUAUGAGAUUUAUCUCUCUCUCUUUGGGUUGCAGAUAGGGGGAGAUGUAUUUUUUAUGUAUGAUGAAGAGUGCAGUCAUUCAUUGUGGAUGGAAACUAUAUUUUUGUGUAUCGCAUUCAUUUGUAUGUGUUUGUGAGUGUGUGCGUGUGUUAAUUCUUCAAAAGAUGAGGAUCGAUCGCCGCCCUUUCGUACUCAGGCAUCAGUCACGAUGUGAUUUUCUCUCCAUGCAUACCCAAGUCUUGGAAGUUGGUACUUUUUAUGAUCGUUCUGGUUGUUGGGUGGUGUUGGUGGACUGUAUCUGUGUGCAUGAUAUUUUAUACCAAUUGUUUGUUA